AUGGGUCGAAAUUACACUACAGGAGACCCUGUACAUGAAGCACAGCCUCUCCUGAGCGAUCACGAUCGCGAUCUCGACCACCAGCAUGCAGAAGGCAGUGGGUCCUUGCCUCCUUCACCUCCAUGGAUCCCAAAGACAACACCAUUACAGGAUGAAAACCUUGAGGAGGGGCCCACUACGGACGGAGGCCAUCCACUACGAGGAUUGACUGAGGCUGAGCGACUGGCUCUUAUCGAUUCCUUGCCGUGGAACCGCCGGCCAUCUACCCUCUGGCUGGGGCCCUUUGUGCUUACCUUGGCUUUGAUGAUAGGCAUUGCGAUGGCAGCUCAGGAUCAACAAAUCAACUCCAUCAUUUGCAAGGAUUAUCUUCGAGGCAAGGGCGAUCCUGUCAUCGGCGACUGGGACAAGCAGGUGUGCGACGGUGCCGAGAUUCAAGCCUUUGCAGCCAUUAUUACAAGUCAUCUCUCAUCGAUCAAGAACAUUUUCGGUAUCUUUACCAUCGGAUACUACACAACACAAUCGGAUCGUCGUGGCAGGAAGUUCCUGAUCUACUUGUCAUUAGUACCAGGCGUUUUUUCACAGCUGCUUAUUAUACACAUGGGAAAACCGCACAGUAAUCUCGGUCUCUGGCCGCUCUACGUGAACGCAGUCUUGACAGGAUGUCUUGGAGCAGGAUCUCUUCUCGAGCCAGGGCUGAAUGCAUACCUUGCCGACUAUACCUCUAGGGACGAGCGAAGUCUGGCGAUAGGAUAUGCGAUGGUGACCUUGUCCAUCGGGGUCCUUAUCGGUACCGUCAUUGGAAAGGCCGUCUACGAUAGGACCCAGGAUAACAACAUCGUGCUCAUGGUCGCCAUGGUUACGUCUGUCUGUCUAAUUCUUUACACUAUAGCCCUUCCAGAGUCGCGUCCCAAGGAGGUCAGGACCGCAGAGGCCAGUCGUAUGCAUCCUUCCCCUCUUCGCUCCUCCAAGGAGUCGACGUCGUUCCUAAACAAAGCCAAGCAACUUUUGAAGCAGACGUUGGAGCCCUUGUUGUUUUUCCUUCCUGGCAGAAUCGAUCCUACCGAGAACGAGUUGCCCACGCGGAACACGUUGCUCCUGCUUGUCGGAGCAUAUGCAUGCGGACAGUUUGCUAGUAAUGGUAUCCUGGCAGUGUUCAUUCCUUACUCGAAACUGGUCUACCGCUGGGGAACCUCUGAGAACGGGACAUAUAUUAUUGUCUUUGGACUGUCAACCUUAGUGGUCUACCUUGUGAUCUUCCCAGGGUUGCAAUAUGCCUACAAGUACUUUAUCAAGACAACCGAUUCGAUUCAACCCCCUGUCAAGGAAAAUAACAUGGAUAUCGAGGACGUCUCGGCGAUGUUGCAUCACGUCUCGGCAAACACAGGAGUUCAUAUUGCGGAUAUCGCAAUAGUAACAGCAAUCGAGCCAGCAUACGAGCCAGUUGAUAGAGCAAAGCAGGAUGCCAGCAUAAAGAGGGAUCUAUCGUUCUUUGUCCUUGGCGGCGUACUGUUCGCUGUGGGCUUUGUGAUAGUACCGAUGUUUGACACGGACAUCAUUCUUCUUAUCUCAUGUGUUAUCCACUCGUUGGCCUCGAUUGGCUUAACAGCAUUCACUUCCUUGAUGACAGCAUAUGUGCCCUCGUAUCAGACAGGCAAGGCUCUUGGGGGCAUUGCUAUAUUGGAUGCCAUCUUGCAGGCGUCGGCAGCACUGUUGUACGCAUCGAUCUUUGCUGCGACUGCGGGGACCGUUCCGUCGACGGUGUACUUUGUGUCGACGGGGAUGUGGGUGGUGUCGAUUGUGGUGACGAUGAUGAUUUUGGAAGGUUAUCGCCGACGAUGGGCCUAA